AAUAGCACACACUGUUUGUUAGAAAGAGAUCAUUUCACUGAUUUUGUAUGACAAGCAUAAAUCCACACAACCUCAAUUCUGCAGCAAUCGUCCCUAUAGAUGUUCGUCUGGCUGGCAGCUCGCAUAAGAUGCAGCGUCCAGACGGCAGCUUCGCAAGACGAAGUGAACCCAGCGUUACCAUACCGAUGGGGCGGUCAAGAGACGAGAUAAUGGCGGUGGAGAAGAGAGUAUCAGCGACUCUCGUUGAUAAACGGCCUGUCAGCCGGGGGGGGCUCAUCCACGGUGCCGAUAUGAAUACUAGCCCUGAAGAACUGAGCAUAUACGGCCCACGACCAUUGACGGCAGCAAGCACACAGGCCAAUUGCGGGAAUACCCUCGAUUUAUUGAAGUUCCUUGACGGCCAGCAUGAACCAAUGCACCGUUCAGCUCCGUUCCAGAUCGUCGUGAACAUAGUGGCCUCGGGCCGCAAGCGACUACGCUUGCAAGAAAACAACAAGCCCAAGGUUCGGCGCAAAAGCGAAGCAGCUGAAAGAGACGAUCAGCAUCGCCAGGCGGAAAAGCCUAGAUCGAGGAUAUGGAGUUCAAUGUCUCAGACGACGACGACGACGAAGAAGAAGAAGAAGAAGAAGAAGAAGAGGCCAUGGAGUGGCAAUGCCAAAUCACAGGCCAAUGAUACAGCAGUCCGUGACGACGAACAAGCUGGCAGCCCACAUCGGCGCAAGUGGAUGAUGGUGUCUGGAACGCGGAACAGGAAGAACUCCAAGCUGGUCGAGUACGAAAACCGCGACUUUUUAUACCCAGGAGUGGGCGAGCUGCCUUCUCUGCCAGUUGAGAAAAAGGACAAUAAGAACAACAGCAAUAAUAGUAAUAGUAAUUAUAUCGACAACGACAACAACUGCGACGACAGGCAGAGCUCCGUUGUGAGCCCGCGUUCACAGGAGCCGCGGACGCCAGGAGACGCUUUCUGGCAUCCAGAGACAGCCCACGAGAAUUUCAAUCAAACAGACCCCAAGAACGGCGCUGAACGGCCUGAAGAUUCCACUGCUGCCCCGCUUGCAAGAGAUCCAAAUCGCCUAGGCCAGGAACCGAGCUCUCUAGCGCUGAAUGGCUCCGCAGCUAACGGUGUUUGCGAUGUUCUCACCACGCCAACUGGCGGCAUCACGAGCGUCCGAGAUUAUAAUAGCGAGCACUGUCAUAAACUCAAUGACGCGCAUUGCGAGAAGCGGCAUCCAUUGAAACAACAUGCCUGUACGGAGAAAACCACUACUGUGUCGGGUUCAUCAAGCAUCGUCAGACCCCGUUUUGCACUGCUUCAGCCCAACGAUUGCCAUCCCGCGUCGAAGAACACCAGCUCAGCUCCACUGCUUCCAAGUGUUCCGCCUGGAUUAACACCAGCGCUGACAGCAUCGGGCAAAGAGACAGAUUCGGAGCCAAAGGAAUCGCUGCCUUAUCUGCCCUCUGACUCGUCUCACAUCGAUCUCGAGUGUCUACCACCUAGGAGUUCUAGCAAGGGAGCUUGCCAAAACCCAUCUAUCUUCGCUACGUUCACACAUCAUCGCCGCCGGAGCUCUUACUCCAAGACUCGUGCUUACCCACAGCGCCCUCGCAACUCCAUCGAUACCCAAUCGUUGAUUUCCCUUUUCCCUCGCCCCGCCCGCUUCACGGAUGCCUCACAAUCUGCAGCUUCGACGUCGUCACUGACUGGACAAAUGCAGCCGUUGCAUGCUGUGUCAACCUCGAUGCCAAACCGCGCCAGGAUAGCAAACAGUACUGGGCAUCAAAGAUCCAGCUCGAAAGGCUCACCGUUAGUUGCGUCUCGCCUGCACCGAGAGACAUCACUAGAUAUGACAACUACCCAGGCUGCCGUGCCUCUUCCACCCCCACAAACUACAGAUACCUCUCAACACACGUCGGUAGCAACCAAGACAACAAAUCUGCAAGAUCACUUCGUUUUCACAGCGUCUGGGGACCAACAAUGCAUAGAACGGAACUCUGGAAGACGCUCAAGUCCAAGGGGGCCUCUGGAGUCGAAAAGGCUACGUUGCUUGGGAAUAUCUGACCCCUCGAAGAUGGACGCAACAAAGCCACUAGACAAAAUGAGUCGAGCAGAACGAGUCUUUGUAUUGCGAAUGCGAGAUAUGUGUCUUGCCCGUGGAGGACUGAAAAAGGAUACCCAACCACCUCUUCCUUCAGAAGACAGCACACCCGAGGAGGUUCGGCGUGGUUGGGAGCUACAAUCGGAGUCCAAGAAAGCAGGGCAUCAAGCUACGGAUAUCUCGAUUACUCCUCCAAAAGUCAGGAGAAACGAUGCUCCAGGCUCUCCCCCAAGCAUUCCCUUGCCUAAAGACCCGCCUGUGCCCUCACUACGAUCUCCGUCUAAUAAGAUAGCAUUCAAUCUAAAUCAACUAGCCCGCCAGUCACCGUCGACCAUAUCGUUGGAUGCUGCUCUUGCCCACAAAGUUGACGCAAGUCUGUCUGCAAGUUCAAGCGGAAGCACUCACAGAAGCAAUAGCAAUAAGAGCUGGUCGAGUAGAAGUGCUCGUUCAGGAAGCAAUAUCCCUCAACAGCACCAUGCGGCUAAUGUCGCACACCACACGCCCAGUUCCCGAGCUGACGGUCUGCCAGAAAAGAAUGCGAUAUCCAGCGGAUCUCGCCCCCGUACUCCACUACCUCCACCAAUGUCUGAUGAAGCCCAUACUGCCAUUUCAACGGAUUGCGGAAAUUGCGUCUCCUCACACCUGCGAGCCAACCCAAGCCCAACAAACAAAAACCGCAAAAACACCUUCUUCUACAAAGAAAACCGGUCUGAACCCCGACUAAAUAAUGCCCCAGCAUCGCAAUCUCCCCUCCGCGAAUGCUUCCCCCCGGACAACUCCGGUCCAUAUACUCCUAGCCCGUCACAUUCCAGCAAUAAAAAUACCCACAGCAACAGAACCAGCGCCAGUAAUGGCAACCACACUCACACCACCUCGUCCCCACAAUCAUCCUCGAUACGCCCCCGCUCACAAGACACCUCCACACAUCCCCAAUGCGAAGCCCGCAUCGCCUUCCUCGAACGUCAGAACAAAAUGCUCCAGGCAGCCCUCAUCGCCGCUCUAGAUGUUGGGGUCACCUUUGACGCGGACCUCAUACGUAGCGUCACCGCGACACCACCUAUUAGCAUCGCUAGCCCAGGUUGCGAAACCAAUAACAAGGAUACCUUUCGUCACUCAUACGCGAGUACGGCUACGACUGGCACGACGAGAACGACUACAAGCGCCCAACGCCUGAGUAUGGAUGGUCGUCGAUCGCACAUUAGCGAUCAGAGCGUCGAGCGUGGAGUCAAUGUGGCUAGAUCGCGGAGCGUGCGGGAGGCGCAGACGCCUAACUAUCAAAAUAGAAAACUAGCUUGCGGUGGGGAGGGCUCAGGGGAUAGAUAUAAGGCCAUCACCUCAUUUUCACGUCCAUUGUCGCCACGGCCCUUUGAAUAGAAUGAUUUUAUUCUCGGUGGAUUAGAAAUGUUGGACGUAUCUUGCUUGGUGUUGGAGAGCUUUUGUUUUGACCUUUUUUAUUUCACUCCUCUCUUUGUUUGUGGGAGUGUUGUUUUUUUAGCGAAUACCAAUAUACCAUAUGAUGUUAGUUAUUUCAAUAAAAUCUAUUUUCCCCUCUUCCUCAUAAGACCUUUUUUCUCUCCCUUUACCUUUUCCGACGGUACGGUUGUAAGUUGCUUGCGGCGAGGAAUAAACGAAAACAUCUGAGAUAUACAGAGUUUAUCAGUUAAAGAAAAUGAAA